AUGGCGAAAGUUCGACGUCAUUUUAAUACUAUAUGUAUAUGUGCUCGACAAACCCCCGCCCCUCCGCCGACUUCAGCCCUUAGUCCCAUACCCACCACAAAAACUACUCUUGAUGCCUCUCAAUCAGCAUCUCAGUCAUUAGCAAUUCAGUCAGCACUUGCAUCCUAUGCAUCCUCUCUCUCCGCAGCCUCCACUUCGGACAUUGCUGCUGGUUCCACUGGCUCCACGCUCGCCGGUCCUGGAGCUUCGGCCGCUGCCAAACCUGCCUCUGGCUCGGGAGCGGACACAAGCGUGAUGUGGAUAAACGUUGGAUUGGGAUUGGUAGUUAGUGGGAUUGGAUUACUAUGA